AUGGAACAGAUUUCAAUCAAAGAUUUGGAAAGCGAUCAAGGAAAAGCCUAUAUGGUCAAUACAUUAAAGAACCUCGUUUGUAAGAGCCUUUUAGAAUUCGUGGAUAUUCAAAUUGAAUGUUUCAUGUAUCCAGACGAACCACAAAAUUUUACAAGAGUUUUCAAAGGAAACAAAAUAAGCAGUGAAUCAUCCGAUAAAGAUUCAAAAGCGAAAAGCUACCCAUUUUCAUUGGGUGUUGGACAUUCCGCUCUGUUUCCUUUAAUUUACAUAAGGCAAAAAACCAACUUUUUAUUGUCCUUGGACGGAUCGAAACGUAUACCAACGGAACUCGUUAAUGAUUUUAACGUGAAAUUUGAAAGCAUCGGUGAGGUCUAUAAGAGCCUCAUUAGUCUGUAUCAUUCAUAUCUGGCUCUCAAUUGCAAAAACAUAAACUACCAAAAGUUUUUGGGAAACUUGGUCUCUCAAAAUAACUUCAUGCUGGAGAUCCUUCACAGAUAUGUAGCCAUUGCAUCAUCAAUGGCAGAAGGUAGUGGGGAUGUCAAUACACUGGUCAAUAGUGCAAAUAAAUUUAUUGAAGAUACCGCAUUAUUUUUCAAACGCGUAAUGAGUAAUUCCAACGCUUAUACAGAAUAUCAUCUCAUGAAACAAGGCAUCAACAGAAAUCGGAGCGAAGAAACAUUAGUUGAACUUGAAUUCAGAACACUGAAUGUUUCAGAUAUUCGUCUCGACGACGAAUUCGAUGACUUUCUGCAGCAUAGGAAAUCCUCUCUCAAAAUAAUUCAUAGAAGGCUUAUAUGA